AGAAACCGAAGCCAGUCGAGUCUGAGAACAGCCCACAUGAGACGCCGCGACCUCAUGCAGCGACACAUCACUGGUGGGGUUAAUGCUGACUGCACAUGCACGCACUCACAGGUUGUUGAGGGGGUUUUUUGUUGUUGUUUUUUUUAGCUACAGACGUGCGCCAAUAAGAGUUUGUCUGCUGAGGAGGAGAGUUUGAAGCUGCUGGAGUAUGAGAUCACCGGUGGUCACUCCUGGCUCUGACCUUUCACCUCCGUCCAGGCCGGCGAUUUAAGGAGAAGAAACGGAAACAAAAGAUGGUUUUGGGCGUCUGGGUUGUUCAGUGAUGCUUUCGGUGUCUGCGUGAGAGAAAUAAUGAAUCCUCUAAACACAUCGCUGGAGCAGCAGCUGCCCAACUCCUCCUCAGGAUGCAACCACAACCUAACCAGCUGGAAGGAGACCAUGGAUAAGAUAUACACCUACUUCUACCUGCUGCUCUUCAUCCCCGGGCUGCUGCUCAACACCACUGCUCUCUGGGUCCUCUGCAGACAUAUAAGCAAGAAGACCAAGACGGUGAUCUUCAUGAUAAACCUGGCAUUCGCUGAUUUGGCCCACAUCCUCUCUCUGCCUCUCAGGAUUUAUUAUUACUUCACACACAGCUGGCCGUUUGGACGAGGCGUCUGCUUGUUCUGCUUCUACCUCAAAUACCUGAACAUGUACGCCGCGAUAGUGUUCCUGGUGUGCAUCAGUCUGCAGAGAUGCUUCUUCCUGCUCGACCCAUUCGCUGCUCGGCGGUGGAGGCGGCGCUACGACCUGCUCAUCAGCAUCAUAGUGUGGGUGGUGGUUGGUCUGGCCUGCUCGCCUUUUAUUCUGAUGCGGAGCAGCAGCGGCAGCAGCAGCAGCAGCAGCAGCCUCGUCUCAGCCAGCAACAUGUCCUAUUCACCGGAUGCCAUGUCUACCCAGCUACCUUUAGUCUUCACCAAGAUCUUCGUGCAACCUUUGACCACGAGUCCUAUUAAACUGAGGCCGAGCUCCAGCCCCACUUCUACCAAAAUGACCUGCUUUAAAGACCUGCCCACGCGUCACCUGCCUCUCCCUCAGGCCAUCGCCAUCAUAUCAUUUGGCGAGCUGUUUGGUUUCCUGAUUCCUUUGGCCUGCAUCUUCUACAGCUCCAUCCGCAUCGCCCGAUCCCUCAAACUGAGGCAGAACCCGGAUCAGCAGAACUCCGUCAACCCCACGGCGCACACCCGACUCCAGUCAGUCACCUCCAACGGCCAGUCAGAUAGAUACCAAGAAAACCAGGCGAGCAGCGAGAAGCGGCGAGCCCUGAGGAUGGUGCUGAGCUGCUCGGGCCUCUUCCUGUUCUGCUUCGCCCCGUACCACCUCAACUUUGUGCUCUACAUGAUGGUGGAGCAGGGCAUCGUGUCGCACUGCGCCACCAGGCUGGCCGUGCAGCAGUUUCACCCCGUGUCCCUGUGCCUGGCGAGCCUGAGCUGCUGCCUCAAUCCUCUGCUCUAUUACUUCCUGACGGCCGAAUUCAGGAUGCACCUCAGGAGAACCUCCUCCUUCACCUCCUCGCUGCUCUCCUCCCCGAUCAGCUCCCCGAAACAUAGCUGGCUGCAGCACAGACUGAUGAGGGUGGAGAGUAGCUGCUCGGACGGAGUGUACUUCACACAGCUGCUGCAGAUCAGUUGGCAGCACCUUCAUAAACUGAAACUCAAGUUCUACCACAUCCCAAAGGUUCUCUAUUGGUUUGAGUUCUACCAGGUGGAGGCCAUUCGAGUGACCUCCAGGAACCGAACUCCUCAACAUAAAGGACAGCAUGGAAGCUCAAACCAACCCCACGCUACCCGACUGCACUCGGCUCCCCUGAUACGACUUCAUCGACGUCAGAGUCCCUCGGCUCGCGGCAAAAUGAGCUCUGUUAACCAAAGCUGUGAAAGCAGUGAAAAUCUAAGGACGUACCAGCACCAUGUGUAUGCUGUGGUGUACAGCGUGAUCUUGGCGCCGGGCCUGCUGGGUAAUGUGCUGGCGCUCUGGGUGUUCCGGGUCUACAUCAGAGAAACCAAGAAGGCUGUGGUGUUCAUGAUGAACCUGGCUGUGGCUGACCUGCUGCAGGUUCUCUCUCUGCCUCUGCGGAUCUACUACUACCUGAACAACACCUGGCCCUUCGGUCAUCCCCUCUGCAUGAUCUGCUUCUAUCUCAAGUACGUCAACAUGUACGCCUCCAUCUACUUCCUGGUGUGCGUCAGCGUGCGCCGCUGUGAGCUCAUCAUGCGUCCGCUGAUGUACAACUCGUCGAGGCGAAAAGGAGACCUGCUGAUAUGUGGCCUGGGCUGGCUGCUGGUGUGUCUCUGCUGCCUGCCCUUCCCUCUGCUCAGGAACCCCAGCUCCACAGUGAACUCAAGCCUCUCGGCCUCAGGCGACGCUGAGCCGGUGUGUUUCUCCGAGCUUCCUCUGAGGACUAUCAGCCCUCCUGCAGCCUGGGCGCUGCUGAUCACGGCGGAGCUGAUGGGCUUCGUCGUCCCCCUCAUCUUGGUGCUGGCCUGCACAUUCAUGACCGCCGGGAGCCUCCGGACGCGGACAGUGGGGGCUAUUCCUGACAGAGGGGAGAAGCGCAGGGCGUUGCGGAUGGUGCUAAGCUGUGCAGUCGUCUUCUUAGUGUGUUUUGUGCCUUACCACAUCACCAUGCCGCUGGACUUCCUGGCUAAAGCCAACGCUCUGAGCGACUGCGGCCUCAGAGACCUGAUCCUGCGGUGUCACCCCGUCACGCUCUGCUUGGCCAGCCUGAACUGUAGCCUGGACCCACUCAUGUACUAUUUCACAACCGAUGAAUUCUGGAGGCGAUUGAGCAAACCGGAGAUACCAGAGAGCAUGUCUUUCAACAGGCGGCCGUCCUGCUUAUCUGGAGGAGAGGACUUAGAGAAUGAUUAGUCUCUUGUUGCUUAAAGUUUAAUCUGAACCACUAAACCGUCAGAUGAAGCACUCCUACAAACAACGGACACACAAUUUAUACCCAAGCAAGUAUGUGAAAAUAUAGGAUUGAAUGUCAAAAUGUGAUUUUUUUUUCUAUUUAUUUUUCAAUAAAAUGUUUGUAGUUUCUAAG